GCCGAAGCCCUUCUGUGCAGGAACUGGAGUCACACCUGGGGCAGAGCACUGUGGUUGCAGUUGAUCCGGCUCCCGCUGCCCCUGGCCGAGACGGUGGCAGAGACAGGUUGGCCAGCACAGCCAGCGCCGCGACAGACGCUCAAACUGCAGGCAAUAGCCGUUCAGAUGGCAAGGUCAUCCGCUGCUAUGUCGCCAGCGUAGCGCCGGAUGCAGGCAGAACGAGUCUUUGGCUGCGACUCUGCGACGGCGAAGGCUUUUGCGAAGCACUUUUGCCACCGCCAACUCUGCAGCACAUGCUGGGCCAAGGUGAUAUGGAGACGUUAGCAGGCCGAGCUCGGCUUUUGCAUGGUUUGUUCCGGCUGGUGCAGCAAGGAGAGACUUUCCACAUCGAGUCCUUCAGUCGUGGUCCGACGCCACAGGAGCUGGAGCAGCAGCUAGCUCGUGCUGGUGCACCAGCAAAUGUGUGA